GCGCUGCUUCUGAGGAGGAUUAGCAGCCAACAUGCCGACAGUCGGAGUGAAAAGGGAUCUUCUCUUCAAAGCUUUGGGCAGAACAUACACCGACGUGGAGUUUGACGAGCUGUGCUUUGAAUUUGGGCUGGAGUUGGAUGAAAUUACCUCGGAGAAGGAGAUAAUCAGCCGGGAGCAGGGCGACUGCAAGGCGUCGGGGGCGUCCGACAUCAUCCUCUACAAGAUCGAUGUCCCGGCGAACCGCUACGACCUGCUGUGUCUGGAGGGGCUGGUCCGAGGACUGCAGGUCUUCAAGAACAAGUUGGAGGCGCCGCGCUACAGACGCGUCGGCCCAGUCAGCGGGGAGCCCCAGAGGCUGAUCAUCACCACGGAGACGGCGGCAGUGCGACCCCACGCCGUGGCAGCGGUGUUGAGGAACAUCACCUUCACACAGGAGCGCUACGACAGCUUCAUCGAGCUGCAGGAUAAACUGCACCAGAACGUCUGCAGGAAGAGGAGCCUGGUGGCCAUCGGCACUCACGACCUGGACACCGUCUGCGGUCCGUUCACGUACACGGCCAAACCGCCGGCCGACAUCCGCUUCAAGCCCCUCAACCAGGCCCAGGAGUACAGCGCCGUGCAGCUCAUGAGCCUCUACAAGGCCGACAGCCACCUGAAGCACUUCCUGCACAUCAUCGAGGACGCGCCCGCGUACCCCGUCAUCUACGACAGCCGCGGCGUGGUGCUGUCCAUGCCGCCCAUCAUCAACGGUGACCAUUCAAAGAUCUCCAUGAAUACGAAGAACGUCUUUGUGGAGUGCACGGCCACCGACCUCACCAAGGCCAAGAUCGUGCUGGACGUGAUAGUGACCAUGUUCAGCGAGUACUGCGCGGAGCCGUUCACGGUGGAGGAGGCCGAGGUCGUCUACCCAGACGGAAAGAUCUGCAAAUACCCAGAGCUGGCGUACAGGAAGGAGAAAGUGUCCAGUGGGUUCAUCAACCGGAAAGUCGGCAUCAACGAGUCGACCGACACCAUCGCCCGGCUGCUCACCAGGAUGUGCCUCCGCUCCGAGGUCACGGGGGUCGGCGACGAGAUCGAGGUGGAGAUCCCGCCCACGCGCUCCGACGUCAUCCACGCCUGCGACAUCGUGGAGGACGCCGCCAUGGCCUACGGGUUCAACAACAUCCCCUACACCACGCCGGGCACCUACACCAUCGCCAACCAGUUCCCGAUCAAUAAACUGACGGAGCUGCUGAGACAAGACCUGGCAGCCGCUGGCUUCACGGAGGCCCUCACCUUCGCCCUGUGUUCUAAAGAAGAUAUCAGUGACAAGCUGGGAAAGAAGAUCUCAGAGACCGGAGCGGUUCACAUCGCAAACCCCAAGACAGCUGAGUUCCAGGUGGCGCGCACCACCUUGCUGCCCGGCCUGCUGAAGACCAUCGCUGCCAACCGGAAGAUGCCCCUCCCCCUCAAACUGUUCGAGAUCUCCGACGUGGUGCUGAAGGACGAGACCAAAGACGUCGGGGCGAGAAACAGCCGGCGUUUCUGCGCCGCCUACUACAACAAGAGCCCGGGCUUCGAGGUGAUCCACGGCCUGCUGGACCGCACCAUGCAGCUGCUGGCGGUGAAGCCGGGCCGCGGGGACGCCGGGUACCACAUCCAGGCCUCGGACGAUUCCACCUUUUUCCCCGGUCGCUGCGCGGAGAUCUUUGUGCGCGGGCAGAGCGUGGGACGCCUCGGGGUCCUGCACCCGGACGUCAUCGGCCGCUUCGAGCUGACGAUGCCGUGCUCGGCCCUGGAGAUGGAGCUGGAGCCCUUCCUCGGCCGCACCGCCGAAACCGCCCUUGCACACGACGUCCCCAUGCAGGAAGUGGCCAAGCACAGGCCGCCCGCCCCGCCGGCGCCGCCCACGCGCACCGUCUUCGGGGACGUGAGCUCGCCGGCCGGCCUCGAGGCGCUCGACCGCUUCCUGGCGGACAGAAGCUACCUGGAGGGCUUCGCGGCGUCCCGGGCCGACACGGCGGUGUUCGACGCCAUCCCCGCCGCCGCCGCGCCCGCCGCCCUCCGCCACCUCGCCCGCUGGUACAACCACAUCAAGUCCUUCCAGGGGGAGAGGGCCCGCCUCCCGGCGGCGAGGGGCCGCUUCGUCCUCGAGGACGACGACUGACCCGCCGGACACCGACGCCUUCAGUAAGAUCUGAUCUGGGACCAGCCGGCGGACUCUCGGCUCCUCGUUGUUUACGUCAACGCACGAAACGCAUCAAAUAAAGCCGCCCGGACGCCUGACUUCCU